AUGCUUUUGGAACGACCACUCUCAUUUAAGCGCGCUUCAGCCCGCCAAACACUCUAUCCUUAUCCAGACUCGCCCGCCCUCGGAGAGCAGGACCGCAGAUCAAUGUCCACCACUGGCGGAGCUCUGCCGAGACGAGAGACUUACAGGAGCGGCGUCUUCUCAUUGCUCCCUCAAAAGACUGGAGAACAACUUGCCCGCACGCGCUAUGACGACGGAUCCGGCGACGAAAGAGACCCAGCAGAGAUCGAGGCCGCAUAUCUAAAUCUGGUCGGAGGAGGAGGUAACCGAUCACGAAACAUCAGCUCGGAGCUCUCAUUCGGCAUGUCGGGCGACAAGGAUACAGAUGGACCAGCCUUCUCCCUCGAAGACUCGAAGAGGAGGACGAACUUCUACGAAGAGCAGUUUCAAUACAAGGGCAAUGGGUUGGGCAGUGUGCGCGAGAGGAUUGAGAAGGACUCCCCGGUCGUGGCUGAGCUGCGUACCAAUGUCAUUGUAAAGGAUGAGUUCACCCUCGUCACCGACAUGUCGUACAACCUCAGCCAGCGCUACUCGCGUCCCGAAAGCAGCAUCAUGGUCAACGUUGAGCAUUCUGCCUGCUUACUGCUCGCCGGCUCCUUCGAACCCGCCUACAUUCUCACCAUCACCGCCCUCCCCUCCCAAUUACAGCCCGUCACAAACAAGCGCAACUCGGCCCUCAUACAAUCCUUCAUGGCAGACAUUCUUGCUGUCCCACCAGAAAGAGGCAUUCUCCGAUUCCAGCCCAUUGCCGAAGAAAAUCUUGCUACGAAUGGCACCACUGUCUUGGGAGAGAUUGAGCGAAUCGAGAAGAGCAGCAUUGACUCUGACGUGACGGCUGCCAACGCUAUCAAGCGCGCCUGGACCAGAGGCUCGCGAAGAUCGGUUCACGCGAAGAAGCCUUCGGUCAGAAACACCGACGACGUCCCCUCGGCACUCCCACAAGUCGCAAACACACAUCUACCAACUACAAACCACUCUCGACAACCCAGCGGAAACUUGUCUCAAUCUGCCGUAUCACUCACCUCCCACCCAGGCCCUGCAUUCAUCGCUAGCGCAACAUCUCCCGUACUCGAAGAACGAGAAAACCCUCCGACCAGAGACCUGCCGCCUACACCAAUCGGCACACCAAAUGGCGAGGACAAGCGCAAGAGCAAUCUGAACGGUAUACUCAAAAACGCGUCUAGUAGCUCUCCGCGCAACUCUCUUCGCCCGGGAUCGGUCAGCACCACUCCUAUACCGAAGCCACCGCCUAUACCACAAAAUGCGUCACCGGUUAGUCCGAAGGUGGCCAAGAGGAAGAGUUUCAUUUCUAUAUUCAAGCGUUAA